GCCCCAGGCUGUCCCUUUCAGCAUGGCUGAGACCUUUGUGUCCUUUGGCCAGGCGCCCACACCCAGCAGUGUGCGGGCACCACACUCAGGAGUCCAGCCCGGAGCCCAGCUUCCAGCGCUGGCGCAGAGCAGUACCUCAAGGUGUGCUGCCUUGAGCCUGUUGGGAGCUGCGGCUGUUCUAUCUGCGCGAGGCAGCAAAACGGCAAGAGCCGCCAAGGCCAAGGCCAAAAAGAAGGACGUGGUGAUGAAGAAAAAAACGAAAAAGAAGAAGCAGCGCUUUGACCCGGCCAACGAGAUUGGUGUCUGUGCGCCCCUGGGUUUCUUUGAUCCGCUCGGAUUUGCGCCAAAGAACAAGAGGAACAACUUCAAGAACCUCAGAGCGAUGGAGAUCAAGCACGGCCGCAUCGCCAUGCUCGCGACAGUGGGCAGUGCCAUUUUCUAUGGUCCUGUGGGCUUCAUCCAGUUGUUGGGAGGCCUUUUCGGAAUUUUCAUCUUCGAAUGUGCCUUGGCUUCGCCAGCUGCACAAACUCAUCCCAGCAGUGUCGGUGCAGCAGAUUUUUUCUGUGGUUGGAGCGAGACGACAGAGACCCUGGUGAUUACGGGCCGGGGCGGCUGGGGGCGGCACCAUGGUACUGGGAUAGUGAUCCUGGGUAAGUGGGAGGAAGCCGGCUUGAACCCCUUGAGCAUUCCCUUGGAUACCCCAGAGAUGCGAUUGAAGGCGAAGGAGGAGGACGAGGAGGAGGAGGAGAAGAAGGAGAAGAAGGAGAAGGAGGAGUUGAACAACGGCCGCAUGGCCAUGAUCAGCAUCGCGGGGAUCUGGGCGGCCGAACUGGUCACCAAGAAGGAUUCCUCCUUCCCGGCGCCGGGUUGGGAGGAUUCUCUUUUUCCCGGCGCCGGGUCUCGCCCCCGGCGCCGGGUCUCCCUCCCGGCGCCGGCUCUCCUUCCGGCGCCAGCUGAAGCCUUCCUCCUUUCCCAGUGCGGGGUGGAAGCUUUCUUCUCUUGCUGGCAGAAAGACCAGAGCGCGCUUCGAUUCAACAAUGACACCCGGAUACUCGAAAUUCAAGGCUUAGCAAAUGAAAAUGGAAUUGGUAGUGUUCUGCAAGCCGUGCUUGAAACAGCUACAGGUGUUGCCUGCGUUAGCCUUCUCCGCGGCGUGCCCAGCGCGGGGUCGACUGUGAAAUAUGGCAAAGGGCGUUUCGCAUGCUACUG